CGCUAAUGACAGCCAGUGUCUUCUUUUUGGUUGCUUUGUGGAACAGAAUGUGGUCGACCAAUUACUUUGCUGGGUGUGUUUACUAUUCUGGUCAGUUUGCUUUUGCUCCUCACGCUCAGAUGACCAUACCAGACUGUCAUGUUGAAGGUGAGGAUGCAGUACACACUCUCCAGAACAUCCUGGCUGACCCCAAACCCCCUUUAAUUUCCUGAUUAAGAAAAAAAAAUACAGUCUGCAUUCUCUGUAAAACUCAGCUUGUUACCAAUUUGUGUCCCUAGAUAUUUAAAACACUUAACCACCCCCUCUGGUUGGUCGUUCAGAGAGAGUGGUUGGGACAUUGGUAAGUUGUUGCCGUUGAUGAUCAGCUCCUUUGCCUUUUCCACAUUGAUGUGGAGGGCACUUGACCGACGCCAUUCUUGAAGGUUGUUUGUCUGUUUAAAAUAGCUGUCCGCAUCUGACGUAGCAUCUUUUUUUAAAAAGAGUCCUACCAGAGCCAUGUCAUCUGCAUACUUAAAAAGGCUCACAUUGUUUCCUCGGAUCUUCAUCUCGUUAGUAUAGAUAGAGAACAACAACAGUGAAAGGACACACCCCUGGGGGUACUCCUGUGUUCUUGCGUCACGACCCUGUGUUGAAUCAUGGGGACCAUUAUCCUCUCCUCCUCAUCCUGUUCUCCUCUCAUCUUCCUCUCCACGACCUCAUCCUCCUCUAACUGCCGCCUCUUUCCUCCCCCUGCCUAACCUCCUACUCUCUUCUCUCUUUCUCUUUCUUGCCGCUCCACUCACUCUGCGUACCUUCCACACUCUUACUCUGUACAUCAAUAAAAUCCAUUUGGCACAUGAUUAUGCUCAGCCACAAAAUGGGAUGGAGGUGCUAUUUUUAGCCGGCUACGGGAGGAGAGGGAGGCCAUGGGAGCGAGAGAGAGAGAAAGGGGGUGGGAUAAAGCGUUCUUUUCGUUCUGUAGCUGUAUGUCGGUCGGAGACACAGAGCUCUGUGGCAGCUUGGCUAGAGACAGCAAGCGGGGUGAGAUCUAACGAAGACGAGCAAACGACACCACCUGAAACACAAAUAAGACACAGGCAUGCGACCCCGCUCCAGACUCCUGGCUAAGAGGUGGCUGCCCACCAUCAGGGAGGGCUAUGAGGAGCUGGUCCAGGACAUGAACCAGGCCAACAGCCGCCACCUCCCUCCCCAUGGUCAGGCCCACUCACUGUCUACCCAUGACUACUUCCUGUCCAUCUGCCAGCUCGCCCGACCAACCUUCCCCCAGGGCGAACCUGACUGUGACAUCCUCACGGUGGGCGCUCUGACCUCCCUGAGGCCUUGUCUGAGGCUGCACAAACUGAGGGACCCUGUGCCACCCUGUCUGCCUCUGAUCUCUAAGGUCAGCCGCCACACACAGUUAGAGCAGGAGGAGAGUCAGAAUGAGUGUAGUGGCCCAGAGAGAGCGGUGGAUGUCAGUUCACGUCAGACCUCCAGUAGGGUUGUCCCCAGUGUCUCUGACCCCCUGGAGUUCCUCUACGGUCACAGGGAAGGACUCCUCUCAGCCGCCUGUCGCGCCCAUGACUCACAGGGCCGCAUGGGCGAAGGGAGUCAGAGUGUGACGCAGAGUCGACCACAACCCCCGGUACAUGCCGACAGUUUCCCCCGCAUGUGUUCCUCGCCCCUGACCCAGCGCAAAAACAGCUGUCGUGAGCUAUGGCUGGUGGACCCCACUGACCAAAAGAAGCCAAACCCUGACCCUGCUCCACCAGAGACAUCCUCAUCAGACCAGCAGAAACCUGAUGCCUCCAGCUCAUUCUCAUGGAGGUUCCAGAACAACCCAGACAGGGCGCCUGCAGGUGAGAGGGGGAAGUGCACUCGCUACAUGGACCAUCACACAAUGGUGUCACACUGGAUCGCUGACUGUCGCUCGGCCUGGAGAGAAGCCAGAAUCAGGGCGUGCAUGCUUCCGGCCAUCGCAGAGAUGUAAACUUGUGUAGCGUUAUUAAUCCCCACUCUUAAGUAUUGUACAUUAUGGAUCCUUGAUGUACUAUGUACUGCUUAAUUGGUACAUUUGGACAAUGCAGGUCCAUACGGUAACAUGUACAAAUCGCGUUUUCAUGCCUGACCUUUUUGUACAGUAUAUAGUGUAAGACAUAUUGUAGGCUAGCGUAUGCCUCACACAUAUCACAGUGAGUGGAAUGUUGACAGUGCUUAGAAGACAUCAGUAUUAGGGUAGCCUCGUAAAGUGGAACAAGACAGGAUUUUGGAAGGAUGAUCACGCGAGACAAGUGUUCGGGUGAAUAAAGAUGUGUGGAAAAGAUGCGGAAUUUGCUAUAAGGAUUAUGCACAAAGACAUAUGACUAAGAAAAAUGACAGAUCAUAAUCUUUACUAUGGAGUGAGUGAUAUCUCACUCCAUUAUUGACGAAUGAUAACUCUGGUCAAAGAAAACAUUCUACUCGUCAUAACAAUGGGAAGGGUACAGCUUUAGAAUCAGAACGGAGUGAUCCUAUAGCUAGUUCAGGCUCCCUGUAGGAGAGCAUUCAAACUCAGAUUAUUCUCAGUGGUUCUGAAAAUGUCUCUUGCGAUUUCCUCUCUCAUGUAUGAUAUGAGUUAUGCAAUGACAAUGGAGAUCGGUGGAAAACUGAUGAGUCUAUUGAAAACUUCUACUAAGUAAAGCCACGAUGAAACAGUACAUCAUAUUCACACUGAGUGAAACAGCAUGUGACAUUGUAGUAUAUUAUUUUUUGAUUAUGUUUAAUGGCCCUCCAUGACAGUACAAUGAACUCUGUGUCAAAAUAUACAAAUGGAAAGACAACAGUAUAAUUGACUUGUAAAAGGUUGACAAUACAAUCGUUUGAUCGUGUAUGGUAUGGCUUUUGUACCUCUGUCCAUUGUUGGCUCGUAAUCUAAUAAAAUGAUGUGUUUUACCCUGC